CCCUCUGUGUGGUGUUGUUUAAUUGCCGGUUCCGUCGGCGGCGUUUGUGCCUCUGCAAUUAAAAAAUCAUUGGAAUUGGCAUGUACAAUUCAGCCAAACAGCUGCAACGCGUGCUAACGGCGCGUGAAAUACGGAAAACAUUCAUUGAUUUUUUUACCGUCAACCAUGACCACAAAUUCGUGCGCUCCAGUCCGGUGGUGCCGUUUUGUGAUCCCACAGUGGCGUUUGUCAAUGCGGGCAUGAACCAGUUCAAAUCGGUGUUUCUGGGGACGGCAGUGCCGCCGUACAAACGUGUUGUGAACUCUCAAAAAUGUGUGAGGGUUGGCGGAAAACACAAUGAUUUGUCAGUGGUGGGCGAAGAUGGCUAUCACCACACGUUCUUUGAGAUGCUGGGAAAUUGGUCGUUUGGUGAUUACUUCAAACGAGAAGCUUGUGAAAUGGCGCUGGAGCUUCUGAGAGGUCCUUACAACAUCGAUCCGGCGCGGUUAUAUGUAACCUAUUUUGCCGGUGACAAUCUGCUUGGCAUACCAGCUGAUAUGGAAUGCUUUGAGAUAUGGCGCAGCCUGGGCUUCCCUGCCGAACGGAUUUUGCCCUUCGGCUGUAAGGAUAAUUUCUGGGAAAUGGGCCCCACUGGUCCCUGUGGCCCCUGUACAGAAAUACAUAUCGAUCAUAGACCUCAGUUAGGCAAUGUAAACGAGCGCGCCAAAUUAGUCAAUGCGGGCCGUGCUGAUCUCACAGAGCUCUGGAAUCUGGUAUUCAUACAAUACAAUCGCAACGCUGAUGGAGGCAUAACUCAACUACCUUCAAAGCAUGUAGACACGGGCAUGGGAUUUGAGCGCCUUGCGGCAUUGCUGCAAAAUAAAUCCUCUAACUAUGAUACCGACAUCUUCACACCACUUUUCGAUGGCAUACAGAGUUUUUCAAAAGCGCCUGCCUAUGCGGGCAGCUACCCCGAUGCCACAAAUAAUGCCCUGCUUGACACUAGCUACAGAAUACUCGCGGAUCAUGCGCGCAUGGUGACUGCCUGCCUUGCUGAUGGGAUGUUACCGGAUCAGAAUCAGAAAUUGCGACGCGUGCUGCGCAAGGCCCUCAAUAUAUCAGAACAUGUGUUCGUCCAUGAAAAUCUGCUCUCCCAACUGGUGCCCAUUGUUGUGGAAACACUCGGCGAGGCUUAUCCGGAGAUGUCUGCCAAACAGCAAGCAGUCAUUGAGCUUAUCGCACAUGAACAAGAGGUAUACAAAAACCUACGUGAGAGCUCAUCGAAGGCAUUCGCCGAGGUGCUCACCGAAUUUCCAAAUCUCGACGAUAUAGACCUUAUGGAGUGCCCAGGCUUCGUGCCUGCCUAUCGAGAGUUUCAAGUACAACGUUCCAAGUUUCCGAAUAACACCAUACCCGGCGAAUUUCUGUACAAGUUAACCGACACGUAUGGUCUGACCGAGCAGAGUUUCUUAAAGCUAGCCGAAUUAGAGAACAUGAAUUGCGAUCUUGAACGGUAUCGAGCUGAGGUGUCGCUAGCCAAGCUUAAGGCCAAGGACCCGCAGAGAACUGGAGGCAGCGGAAUCAACAACGAAGCCCACAGGGUGUUGCAAAAACGGAUUGUGGAGGCGCAGGCGCAUCUUACAGGCCAGCUCGCAGCAACAGACAACAGUCACAAAUACGUAUACAGUUACGAUGCAGAAAAUCAAACCUACGAGAUACCCCACCUGCGUACCAAGGUGCUGGGCAUGCUGCAUAAUGAUGCCGAGGUGUCGCGAACUCUGGGCAGUCGUCUCCACGAACCCACUGAUACGCUCUCCAUUGUGACAGCGGCCAGCAAUUUCUACUACGAGUCCGGUGGCCAACAGUCGGACACGGGCAAGCUGCUCGUUUGUGCCAAAAGAGUUGCGAGUAUAGUCUACGAACUAGAUGUGAUCUGCGUGAAGCACUUGAAUGAUUGUGUGGUUCAUGUGUGUCGUUUAUCCGUGCCAAGCGAUGCCUUUGAGUUAUCAGUGGGUGACGAGGUGGAGUUGCGCGUAGAUCCUACACACCGACACAUGAAUACCUGCCAUCAUACGGCAACGCAUUUGCUUAAUGGUGCCAUACGUGGUCUCUUUAACAAGGUUACAUACCAGGUGUCAAGUGCUGUCACGAGCGAGCAAUGCAAACUGGAGGUUGGAUUGCUAGGCAAGCGAAUACAAAAAGGAGAUGUGGAGCAAAUCGAAGAUCUAAUCAACCGUGCUAUUUGCUCUGGAACGCCCGUUCAAGUGGAAAAUUUAACAGCCGCCGAUGUUUUGCAACAAAAUGAUAUAACAAUGGUGCCUGGAGAGGUGUAUCCAGAGCACGGACUACGUUUGGUUAAUGUUCAAUGUCCUGAGUUGCAACUCAGCUCCAAGGAGCUCUGCUGUGGCACACAUGUGACCAACACUAAGGAGCUGUCGUACUUCUGUAUCGUAAACCUCAAGCAAACCAAUCGUGCUCGUUACGCCUUCACCGCAGUAGCCGGACGCGCAGCUGAAAAUGUACUCAAGACGGCCGCUUUGUUGCGCCAUCGUGUGGACCUCUUGGAGCAACAGUUUAAGACUGACAAGCUAACGAAUGCCACGGAGGUUGAGCUGCAAACCAUACGCCAUAAUAUGCUGCACACGGACAUAAAACUUCCUUACGCCUUCAAGUUAGACACGCUGGAUAGUAUCAACGAAAUGCUGCGCAAGCUCAAGGAGAGCUCGCGUACAACUCUCAAGGAGUUCGUCGAGGUGGAAAUGCGCACUCUGUUGCAGGAGAAGCCACUGUCCACACAUCCUUUUAUUUUGCACUACAUCUCAAGCUCAGCUUUGUUGGAGGAGAUUCCGCUGCAGCGUGCCACCAAAUUGUGCACAGAUCGACCUAUUUUGGUUGUUAGCAUGUGUGAUAACAUUGUGAAGGCGCGCUGCUGUGUGCCACAGCAAUUUAUCAGUGGACAGUUCAACGCGGAACAAUGGCUGCAAUCAUUCGCCGCCACCUUCAAGGCACAAGUCUCUGCGCCCAAGGGCCAGGAUGCGCAGGCUGUCUGCAACAUGAAGGGACGCAAAGUGACGAAUCAAUUUGAGGAGCAAUUGGAGAAAGCAUUGGCCAAUGCCAACGCCUUUGCCUUGCGUUAUUUUGAAUUGUGAUUUGUCAUUAAGUCAGAUUUAAGCUUAGGUUUUUUUAUUUUAAAAUUUUACUUUGUAUUGGAAAAGUGUGCUUGUCUUGCAGACGACAAUAAAUUGCAUAGCGAUACAGCCAUCCCAA